AUGGAUGGGGCUCAGGCAACCAUCACUUCACCAGAGCAGUCAACAUCAAAAGUGUCGACUGCUACCGAUGCUGUAAAUGAGCUUCAGUCCUCAUCGAUUCUGCGGGAUGUAGCGCGCCGGCUGGAGUCAUUGGGGAGCAAUGUACAACCCUUCAACGAGGACCCUGUUCAUUACGACACUCCAUCGGUUGCUCGGAGGUUACACAGGACCCGACGUCGCCGGCUGCCAUCCUGUGACUCUGGUAUCGACGGUCUUGGCAUUUACAGUUCCAAAGCCCCUCCUAGUGACGUCGUACGAUGGCAAUAUGAGGACUCUCCUGAGGUCAGAAACGGACUUCCUUCCCCUCACGUGGCUAAAAGUCAAAGUUCUCGCGAAUCCACUCAACCGGGUGACAGUGGAAGUCCUGAAAAAAUCACACCAAAACCACAGCAGCACCCACAAUUGACUGCAAGCACCAGCCGAGCUCGCAUCUUCUCCAUUAGUGGUGUGGAUCAAGACGAGAAAAUGCGAUAUCAGGCCAUCAUUACUAACCUUGGUGCAGAUUUAGACCCUGGUACGACUAUAGGGGUGAACACCACGCAUCUGAUUAUCAACUCUCCUAGUCGAUGUGAAAAGUACCUAAUGUGUAUGGCGGGUGGGAGGUGGAUCCUGCACAAGUCCUACCUUGAUGUCUGUGCCGCAGCCUCUACGUGGUUGCCUGAGGAGGCAUACGAGUGGGGCGGAGCUGGCACCGAGCCCCUCCUCAUCCAACUCUCUCCCGCAACCAAUCGUUCCGGUUCCGCGGGUGGCCUCUCUUGCGAUCAACUGCGUGACCUUGCCAAGGCUGCACGCCACUGGCGCAAAACGGGCGGAGGGGCUUUUAAGGGGUGGAGAGUAGUUUUCGGUCCCGGUUGUGAUAGAGAGAGGAGCUUUAGAAGGAUUAUUGAGUUCGGUGGAGGAAAGGUGAAUUUUCAGUUGACUGCUUUUUCUAUUAUUAAUGCGUGUAAAAUUAGAGCUUUGACCUUUUCUCAUACUCUUUUCUUGGAGGUUUUCCUUUAUUCUGUUACAUUUUCUACCUUUGUAGUUUCCUCAGUUUAUUUUUCAUUAAAUUGUUGCCGCUUAAUCUACUCUGGUCCCAUGCUGUCCCUUAUGGAAGUCUGUGAAGUUUCCCCAUAUAGUGCCCAAAAAUUAGUUGGCAAUUUGUGA